UGUAACUCGCCAAUUAAAUAAUAGAACUCCCCACCUAUGAGCCCAAUGGCAUUUUUGUCACUUCUCCUCCACACCAUCCUUCUCUCUUCCAUGAACAUUCUAUGGCUGGGAUCUGCCGCUCCCUUGUCCAAUGAAACGGAUAGACGUGCUUUGCUCCACUUCAAGUAUCAGAUAACAGACGAUCCUCUUCGUUUCAUGAGCUCGUGGAACGAUACUCUCCACUUCUGCCAGUGGCAAGGAGUAACCUGUGGUCGCCGGCAUCCACAAAGGGUAACAUCCUUAAACCUCACAGACCAGAACUUGGGAGGCUCCAUAUCUCCCUACAUGGCAAACCUCACCUUCCUCAGGAAAAUUGAGCUCUCAAACAACCGCUUUCAUGGCACAAUUCCUGAAGAGAUUGGCCGUUUGUUCCGCUUGCGUUAUCUUUUUCUCACCAAUAACACAUUAACCGGAGAAAUUCCAGUAAAUCUGACCAACUGUUCGGAACUCAAAUCAAUCCUUCUCGAUGGGAACCAGCUCGUAGGGAAUAUCCUAGCUGAGCUUGGCUCUCUAUCAAAGCUCACCCAGUUGAACCUUGGUGAAAACAAUCUUACAGGAACCAUCCCAACUUCACUUGGAAAUCUAUCUUCUCUCACUUACCUCUAUCUCUCAAUAAAUAGUCUAGAAGGCAGCAUCCCAGACAACCUCGGAUGGUUGGCGAGGUUAAGGGUUCUUGCCAUUGGUCAAAAUGAACUGUCAGGAGGGAUUCCACCCUGUCUAUACAAUCUCUCCUCUAUUCAUGCCAUGGACAUGGGACAUAACAGAUUGCAUGGAAACCUUCCAUCUGACUUAGGCCUCACUCUUCCAAAUCUCGAAAGUUUCUAUGCCUCAGGAAACCAAUUCACAGGACCCAUACCAGUUUCAUUACCCAACGCUUCUAGACUCGAAAUCCUUGACCUGGGCUUGAAUAAUUUCGUUGGACCUGUUCUUAUGAAUUUUGGAAUCCUGCAAAGUCUCUACAGGCUAUCUUUGGGUGGCAAUCAACUUGGAACUGGCAAAGCCCAUGACUUGAGUUUUCUUGUUUCUCUAACCAAUUGUAGCAGCUUACAAGCCCUGGUCAUGAGCAAUAAUCUUCUCAGCGGUGUGUUGCCUGAUUCCAUAGCAAAUCUUUCUACACAGUUAGAAAUGCUAUUUUUAGGAAGUAACAUGAUAUUCGGAAGCAUCCCAUCUGGGAUUGAGAAUCUUGUCAGCUUAACAAUACUGGAAAUGGGUUCGAACUUUCUAACAGGUACUAUUCCCAUUGGUGUUGGGAAGCUUAACAAGGUGAGACUACUUUCCUUUGGUGGAAAUCAGUUAUCAGGGAAAAUUCCGUCUUCCUUAGGCAAUAUUACUCAAUUGUAUCACCUCAACUUAUUUCGAAACAAUCUAUGGGGAACCAUACCUUCAAGUCUUGGAAAUUGUACAUACUUGCAGUUUAUAUACCUCCAUCAUAAUAACUUCAGUGGUACCGUACCCAAACAACUUUUGAGCAUUCCCUCUUUGAUUGCACUCAAUGUUGAGAAUAACUCUUUUACCGGUUAUCUGCCAUUAGAAGCUGGUUACUUGAAAGCUCUCGCAGGCUUGACUGUUUCUAAUAACAAAUUGUCAGGUGAAAUUCCAAGCUGGAUAGGCAAUUGUCUCAGCCUAGAGUAUCUAGUGUUGGAUGGGAACUUUUUCCAAGGAUCAAUUCCUCCAUCAUUUACUACUCUAAGAGGCCUUCAAUUCCUGGAUCUUUCACGCAACAACUUAUCUGGGAAGAUUCCAGAAUACUUGGAGAAGCUUCUUGUUCUCUGGUAUCUAAAUCUAUCUUUCAAUAAUUUUGAAGGUGAAUUGCCAAAACAAGGGGUCUUUGGAAAUGCCAGUCAAGUUUCAGUGCUCGGAAAUAGUAUGCUUUGUGGGGGAAUUCAAGAGUUACAGUUACCUCCAUGCUCUAGCCAAACUUCCAAGAAAGGGGGGAUGUCUCUUGCUUCAAAAGUAAAAUUCUCGAUAAUUGGUGUUGCCCUGUGUCUUGUUUCGUUAUUAUGUUUCUUUACCACUCUCUGUUGGGUAAGAAAGUCGAGAAAGAAGUCUCUCUCUGUGCCAUCUAUGGAGGAUCCUUUUGUGGAUAUGUCUUACGCAGAGCUCUUUAAAGCCACAGAUGGGUUCUCUUCGGCCAAUUUGAUUGGGAGCGGAAGUUUUGGCACUCUAUAUAAAGGGAUUCUAGAUCGCGAUGAAACUAUGAUAGCGGUUAAAGUCUUCAACCUUCAGCGACGAGGAGCUCUUAGGAGUUUCAUGGCCGAAUGCAAAGCUUUGAGAAACAUUAGGCAUCGGAAUCUUGUUAAGAUCUUAACUUGUUGCUCGAGCAUUGAUUUUAAUGGCAAUGAUUUCAAAGCUCUAGUUUAUGAGUAUAUGCCCAAUGGAAGUCUAGACAAGUGGUUGCUUACAGAUGGCCAUGAACAGCUGGGGAGGAAUUUAACCUUUAUUCAAAGGCUAAAUAUAGCUAUUGAUGUGGCUUUAGCACUGGAUUAUCUGCAUCACCAUUGCCAAACCUCAAUCAUUCAUCAAGACUUAAAACCAAGCAACAUUCUUCUUGAUGAUGACAUGAUUGCUCAUGUGAGUGAUUUCGGGCUAGCAAGGUUCUUAUCAGAGGUUGCUGAAAGUAGCUCGGUUGGGAUGAAGGGAUCUAUCGGUUACAUCGCUCCAGAGUAUGCGAUGGGUGGUAAAGCAUCAACAGAAGGAGAUGUUUACAGCUAUGGAAUCCUUCUAUUGGCAAUAGUAACUGGAAAGGAGCCAACUGAUGACAUGUUUAAAGACAAUCUCAGCCUUCAUCAUUUUUCUAAGUUGGCACUGCCUGAACGAGUAAUGGAGAUUGUAGAUCCACGGCUGCUCUUAGAAGAAGCUGAAGUUACUCACACUAACGAAAAUCAUAUCAAUACCAGAAAAAGACUGCGCGACUGUUUGAUUUCAAUGGUCAGAAUAGGCGUCUUGUGCUCUACGGGAUCUCCAAAGCAACGAAUGAAGAUGAAAGAGGUUGCCAUGGAAAUGCAUGCAAUCAAGGACUUAUAUCUCGGGGUCAGGAUUUAUGGUGACAAACAAGUUAGGUCAUAGGUGAUAAGUGAAGGUCCAUCUUACCUCAGUCAUUACUAAGAUAUUGUUGGUAGUUAUGUUGAGAAAGAUUUCAAAAAUAAAAUAAGUUUGUUGAAUACUUUUCAUAACAAGUUUUAGAUAUAUUUAAUCUUGAUGCAGGAGUGUGCUUAUACUGAUGGUUUAUAAAGGGAAGAUGUCUUCCUUUUUCUUUA